GAUACUGCGCGUGACGUAAAAAACCAAAAACAAAAAUACAACAAAAAAACACAAAAAAACUUAGGCUCGAUAUUGCAAAUUACAUUCUGGAAAAUAAAUUCGAAAAAUAAAAGUUUUCUUUCGCAAUGAAAAAUGCGUUAAGGUAUUUGAAAGAUAUUUGCGCGAUGUUACGGAUUUGUGGUACCCGAAAAAGUAUCUAGAAGCGAUAAAUAAUGAUGAAUGGUUAGGAGGCGAAGAGGGAUUGAGACGGCUUAACUGGAAGAUCGGCAGCGAGCGAAAGCUACUAAGAACCUAUACAGUAAAUUUACCAACCAAGGUUACUACAAUUCAAUAGAGUCGGAUAAUGUCAGAUUUGGGAAGUGGAGAUGAAGGCAUCUCAGGAUCAAAAUAUAAUGUGGCGAAUAUGGAGGGCACGUCUAGUCGCAAUGAGUUUGAUUCCUCCGUGAAAGGUGGAAGUGGCGUUGAGCAAGAACUGGCCACCAAAAUGCUUCAGAUACAAUCGAAACGAUUUUAUUUGGAUGUCAAGCAGAAUCGAAGAGGUCGAUUUAUAAAAGUUGCCGAGAUUGGUGCGGAUGGACGACGAAGUCAAAUUUAUUUGGCCCUUUCAACGGCAGCCGAAUUUCGUGAUCACUUGUCAUCUUUUAGUGAUUACUAUUCUUCUCUAGGUCCACCAAAUACUGACAAUUUACCGGAGGAUGGUAAAUUAAAAUCUGAAAUGAUGAUUAAAGAUUAUCGAAGAUAUUACUUGGAUCUAAAGGAAAAUGCUCGCGGGCGGUUUCUACGGGUAUCGCAAACCAUAACCAGAGGCGGACCUAGAUCUCAAAUAGCGUUGCCAGCUCAGGGGAUGAUCGAGUUCCGUGAUGCACUCACCGAUUUGCUAGAGGAAUUCGGGGCAAACGAUGGAGGCAGAUUUAAGGGAGAUUUGCCCGAGGAGCGGCAUAUGAAGGUGGAUAAUAAGAACUUCUAUUUUGAUAUCGGACAAAAUAAUCGAGGUGUCUAUAUGAGGAUAAGCGAAGUAAAAAACAACUUUCGUACAUCGAUAACAAUACCGGAAAAAUGCUGGAUACGCUUUCGUGACAUAUUCAAUGAUUAUUGUGAGAAAAUGAAAAAAUCGUCCGAAUCAAUUACUGCCGAUAUAAAUCUACCGACAUCCUCAAAUAGUCUUAAAUAAAUAUCGCGUGAUUUUUAUGGUUAUAAAUGGCAAAAGAAGUUAUAUAUUAAUUAAUGGCGAUUGACCAACAAAGAAGAAUAACUUAAAGCUUACUAAAAUUUGAGAUAGGCGAAAUAUUAAGAUUGUUUUGUUUAUUUGACAUCGUUAGCAUUUAGUAAAAGAAAUAAUUUCAAUUAUUUUUAUCGUCAAAAAAAGUGAAUACAAGGAACUUUUAGCUAGAGUCUACAGUAGAACAUUUUGAAAAAGAGAGGAAUAAAAAAUUCUUUGUAAUAUAAAAAUAAUUAAUUCAUUAUAACCAGUUGCUUAAGAAAAACAAAACCUCUGAUUUCCUGCGGCCUUUCGUCGGUUUAUUUUUCACUUUAUUAUUUAUUUACUAUUUUAUACCAUUGCAAGACCCCGAUUUUACCUAAACUCUAUUAGAAAAUAUUGUAAAUUAGCGCCAUUUUAGACUUUAAACAGCUCUCUCAGUAAGAUCAAUAAAGUAUAUGGAUUAUAUGAGGUUUAUGUAGUUAAAAACACACAAUUCAUUGUUAAAGCUUCUAGAAAAAAAUGUUAUU